AUGCGACGUCGUGUACCAUUCUGGUGCCGGACAAUCGGGUCGCCCAAGUUGCCGUCGAUAAGCCGAAACCUGUCAACCGUUAAGUCUGUCGAAGUCACAGAAACGCCAUACAACGCGGUCAAUGUAGUCGAAUUCCGACAGUCUUCAUUCAAGUCGGGAAGCCCUCUUCUAUUCAGGCAACCCGCCACACCAUCAAGCAAGACCCCACUCCCAUCAUUAUCAUCAAAAUGGUUCGGUCAUGAUGGAACCGUUCGAUCCCAGAGUCUCAAGCAGGAGCCCUCCGUUACAUUCACCCCUUACAUGGAACAGUUUGCUCAUCACAUGCUACCCUAUGAAAUAAUGAGCCCCCAACUCUCCGAAAACACGGGCCUUGUCGUCGACACGAUAAAUCAAUUCCUGACCUGGCUCGCUUCAGGCUCAGACCCAAUGGGCGCGGUGCUAGCCGGCAUCGUUCACGCCGCGUCCCAUCCAGAUGCCUCAGAGCCGCGCUUCUCCUCUUUUGUCGCCCCUUUAAUGCUUUUACUCAAGGCUGCAGAGUUCAAUAGACUGCAUGAGAAGAAAAUCAAACAGCUCUACAUAGCCCAGGCCCAGCUCGCUGAUCUCCCGCCGGAACUUCGGGAUGAUCUUCCCGUCCCGCGCAUCGUGAUGGAGGCUGGCAAAGGCGACGUCUACGGCUCGAGCUUGUGGCUCGGGUUGGAACCAACUUAUACCCCGCUCCACCGCGACCCGAAUCCCAAUUUGUUCUGCCAACUCGUCGGUAACAAGAUCAUACGUCUUCUACCCCCUCCAUCCGGAGAUCGCUUGUACCGCAAGGUGCAGACUCAGAUUCAACAAUCCGGGAACAGCCGCAUCAGAACUAUCGAGAUGAUGGAAGGCCGUGAGAGGGUCGUUAUGAACACUGCGGUUUGGGGCAUGGAGGGGCCUGAAGAAAUUGUGGAAGCCAGAUUAAGCCCAGGAGAUGCUCUGUUCAUCCCAACGGGUUGGUGGCACAGUGUCAAGAGUGGGAAUCACGAUGGGAGACUCAACGCGUCGGUGAACUGGUGGUUCAGAUAA